GAAGAAGGCUGUUAAUCACGCAGAUAGGAUGAUGGCCGAUGUUAAUAAACAUGGGAACACCAUCUUGCAUCUUACAGCCUAUGAGUGCAAGUAGGGUCAUUUUCUCGCAACUCAUUUUGGACCUAUAAACCGAAUGUCGUGGGAUGUGUUUUGGUUCAAGCGUGUACAGAAUGACUCUCAUCCACAUUUGAUAUAUCAUCGAAACAUUGAGGGUAAGACACCAAAAGAACUAUUUGAGGAAGAGCACAAGGACAUGAUAAAUAAAGCUGAGAAAGUAGUCAAAGAUAUUAAUAGCUGCUUGAUGCUUGUUUCUACUCUAAUAGGCACGGUCAAUUAUGCAGCACUUUUUACUAUCCCUGGUGGUUUCGAUCAAGACAAGGGCCUGCCAAUUUUUUUCACAAAAGCAAAAAAUGGACGAGAGGAUCUGCAGUUGUUCAUGGUUUAUGUAGGAGGAAGUCUGGUUGCUUCUUUAUUGGGUUUGGGAACUCAGCUUUCAAUACAAGUGUCACGGUUCAACAGUAAUGAUUUUUACAUUUCAUUGCCGUUGAAAUUUCUUUGUACAAUCACGUCCUUGUUCUAUGCUGCAGCCUUCUCAAUCACAGCAUGCUUCCAAAUCUUCAUCAUUUAGGGUGCCUGCAUAAAUUCAUAUUUUGCGGUGAUGGUGCUUGCCUGUAUAUUUAUGACCAUUGUUUACACGGACGCAUUAUACUUGACCUAUGAUUACUUGUACUACGUAAUUCGUUAUUCGCUUGCUUAUAGAGGCCAGAAAAUGUAAGUCUGCAGCUGGGUUGGUACCUGUUUUAAGAUCAUGUUUGUGUUUGUGUGCAAUUUAAGUGUGACUAUACAUGUGAGACAGAUAUAUGU